UAAUUGGAGGAUGGUUCUUCAUACUUCCUUAUUUUAGACGUGUUGUGAGUUCUUUAAUCGGAGGAUGUUUCUUCAUACUUUGUUAUUUUAUACGUAAGUCUUCAACCCGACUAGUCAAUUUUCUUUUUCCCCAAAACAAUGAUUCAAAAAUUGAAGCAUUCUUAAGAAAUCAUGGAGCUAUAGCACAGGAAAGAUACAAAUUUUCAGAAGUGAAGAAAAUGACUAAUUCAUUCAAAGUUAAACUUGGCCAAGGUGGUUUUGGUACAGUAUACAAAGGAAAACUACUAACGGGUGGUCCUGUGGCUGUAAAAUUACUGAAUGCAUCCAGAAGAAAUGGUGAAGAAUUCAUCAAUGAAGUUGCCAGCAUUAGUAGAACAUCUCAUGUUAAUAUUGUCACGCUUCUUGGAUUUUGUUUGGAAGGACCAAAAAAGGCUCUCAUUUAUGAGUUUAUGGCUAAUGGUUCUUUGGAUAAGUUCAUCUACAAAAGAGGGUCAGAAACAAUUGCCUCUUUGACCUGGGAGAAUUUAUAUCAAAUUGCAAUAGGAAUAGCUCGAGGGUUGGAGUACUUGCACAGAGGCUGCAACACCAAAAUUCUACAUUUUGACAUAAAGCCGCAUAAUAUUCUUUUGGAUGAGAAUUUUUGUCCUAAAAUAUCAGAUUUUGGACUAGCAAAGUUGUGUCCCAGGGAUGAAAGCAUUAUUUCUGUCUCUGAUCCAAGAGGAACACUGGGGUAUUUAGCUCCAGAAAUGGUCAAUAAACAUUUUGGUGGAGUUUCACAAAAAUCUGAUGUGUAUAGUUAUGGAAUGUUGGUACUAGAAAUGGUAGGAGGAAGGAGGAACAUUAAUCCUGAAGCUAGUCACACAAGUGAGAUAUACUUUCCACAUUUGGCAUACAAAAGACUUGAGGUUGAUAAUGAAAUCAGACCGUACGAAGUGAUGAACACAGAAGAAGAUGAGAUUGCAAAGAGAAUGAGUGUAGUGGGUUUGUGGUGCAUUCAAUCACUCCCAAAUGAUAGACCUACAAUGACUAGAGUUGUAGACAUGUUGGAAGGUAACAUGAACUCCUUGGAAAUGCCUCCAAAACCUUUGUUUUCUUCUCCUACUCGAUCAGAAACAUAAUGAAGUUAAUAUAAUUGUAUUUGUGUAAAAUCUUUCUAGUUAUAUUGUAAAGAGGAUCACUCAACACAUUUGUUUAGUAUACUUUUAUGUGUUUGUUGAAUUGCCACUGAAAUAAUUGCAGAAGCUAGAUCAAUUGUGCAUGAUAGCUUUCGUGUGUGUCUGAUAAAUUCACAUGAGAAUUAUUUCUUCAACUACUUUUCUUUUCCUAUGAUGAAGUCUAUUUAUCUUAUGAAUUUUAUUUAUCCUUUGUUCAUUCUGUUAUUUCUCUUCACAAUCAAUAGCUUUCUUCUAUGUGAAUUUUCAAGUG